AUGUCGUCCACUCACCUACCUGACUCAUAUCUGGAUGCCCUGGAUAUUGGGAAAGAAUCCCGCGCGGGAGCAUUGGCGCUCCUCGUUUAUGAUCACCUGGUCACGCUGGAUCUCGAAGCAGAGCUUGUAUGGACACAGAGCAAACGUUCGCGAGUGAUCUGGCUAUACAUCUUCAACCGGUUCUUCCCUCUCGUAUGGCUCGUAUGUAUCAUCUAUCUGUCGGUCGACGACUUCGUCAUCCUCGUGUCAACGCUCGCCGUUCAAAUCAUCCUCCAGCUACGAGUGUACGCGCUAUAUGACAAGAGUAGAAGGGUGCGGUUGUUCCUCGUCUGCUGCUGGCUCGCCGAAGUCACAGUCAUGGCGAUACUCAUCGGAAUCACCAUGGCCAAUAUCUCCGGCAAGUGUCGAUGGUGCUCGCCCCAGGCCCGCGCGCAGCCCCUGACGCUCGUCCUUUCAGAUCUGCCCGUCGUUUCGACCCCAACUGGAUGCUACUACUCCGGCAUAUUCUCGAUAUCUGCGCUCUUCUGGCUUCCCGCCUUGGUAUACGAGCCGAUCCUGUGCCUCAUGGUCUUGUGGCAGGCCUGGGACCAGGAUUGGACGAGUUGGUUCCGCCGGGCCGUGGACCGUAGUGGCACAAGCGUGCGUUUACACCAAGGACGGCUCUUCAAGGUGUUGGCUAGAGACAGCUUGAUAUACUUUGUCGCCAUCUUCAUCGAGCUAAUCAUCAACACCGUCAUUUGGUCGCACUACAACAGGUAUAUCAACAUCGUGGUACCUUGGGCUGGAGUGCUGCCCUCUAUCCUCGGAUCACGGCUUUUCCUGAGUAUGCGAGAGGCAAUCCGUUUUUCCGAACAAUACGGGCCACACGCAACUGCGAUUACGAAUUUGGCGGAGGACAGAACCGCCGCGUCGUCCACUAUGUGGUUCGCCACCAUUGAUCAAUUGACAACUAUCCCAAGGGACAAGGACAAGUAG